GAAACCCAGUCAAGACUCAAGAACGAACGACUUGACCAUGGCGACCAUCGACGAGGGACCAUCAGCAUCAAAAGAAUCGCAAACAGACAUCCUGUCGGAUUACAAGAUACUCGAGACCGUCGAAUGGAUCGCCCGACACUCAUUCACUAUCGUCGGCUUGCAGUUCCCAGACGAACUUUUGUCUAUUUCGGUUCCUAUCUUCCGAUCACUCAGGUCGAGGUUAGAUUCAGACGAGAUCGAGUUGUAUAUCAUGGCUGACACGACCUACGGAAGCUGUUGUGUUGACCAUGUUGCUGCUCAACACGUCCAUGCCCAGGCGGUGGUACAUUAUGGACAGGCUUGUUUGAGCAUAACGCCUUCAUUACCAGUGUUUUACGUGCUUCCGAAAUUCCCAAUUUCUGAUGAGAUGGUCGAGCGUACUGCCAAAAGGAUGGUCGAAUCCUUAUAUUCUAUGGACCCGACAUUCGACGUAUCAAAUGAUUCGAACCAGAUAUUGUUAAUGUAUGAUGUUGGAUAUCAUUGGAAGAGUGAAAGCAUUACAAACUGUCUCAAGACCAAUUUCAACCUGCCAAUUGUCAGACAUGAGCUCGGUCUAGAAGAAACAAAAAAUCUGCUAAUACCUCCACACAGUUCAGCCAGCGUCGCACCUUCAAUCAAUCAAUGUAGUGAGCAAACGUGCUGUCAAUCUUCUUGUCAAGACUCAAAACCUUGCUCUAAUCAGCCUAUCGCUUGUACAACAACGACAACAACAACGACGCCAACCACAAACAUUCCAAUUAGUCAGGAAGCUGGUUCAUCUGUGUUACCUUCGAAUAGUAGAGGCAAUAAGACCGACUUUUCCAGUUAUCAAGUAGUGUUUUAUGUUGGAAGCGAAUCAUCCAGAUUAACGCACUUCCUAGUCACACAUCCCCAUCUACCGGUGAUAGCUGUCGACCCUAAUCAGACUGAAGAAGAUUCGAAUGAUCACUCACGUUUACAACAAAACAACCGAACCAAAAAACUCUUGAUGAGACGAUAUGCCACAAUUCAACGAGCCCGAGAUGCGGAUGUCUUUGGGAUCUUGGUGGGCACCCUUGGAGUUCGACACUAUUUAGAAAUGAUUAACCGAACCAAGAAGUUGAUCGAAGAGGUUUUCAAGAAGAAAGCAUACAUAAUCUCGGUGGGCAAGUUGAAGCCAGAAAAGCUCAUGAAUUUUGCCGAGAUCGAAGCCUGGGUCUUGGUCGAUUGUCCAGAAAGUUCGCUGCUAACCCUCGAUGGUAAGACCGGCGAACGAUUCGAUCCCAAGCAGUUCGGCGCACCGAUCAUUACCCCAUGGGAGUUAGAAAUUGCUCUCAAUAGUUGUAUCGAACCUUCCAACGAUGAUCAGUCGGAAAAUCAGAAACGAGUAUGGGAUGGCAAACUCGUCCUUGAUUUCGAACAGAUUCUUUCCGUCUGGCAGGCAGAGGAUUCGUUCGACACGUCAGCCCCCAAGAACGGACCCCCUUCACCGCAUAGUGGGGAUAGCGAUCAACAGGAAGGACCAGUGUUUUCAAUGGUCACUGGUGGAUAUAAGUACCGACGCAAUUGGAAUGAUAAUCACGAAUCAGAAAGCCAAUCAAAAGAAGUCCAAAAACUAGAGAUGAAGGACAAACAGGAGCUAAUCGAAUCAGUCAAGGGAGCUGCAAGUCAAUACGCUCUGAGUCAUCGGACUUACUUCGGCUUGGAACCUCGCUUCGGACUCGACCCUCCGUCGAAAGUUUCUGCUGGAAGAUACGGUAUCCCGCAGGCUUAUCAGGACGAUCAUCCUGACUCGGCCUCUUGAUCCCCUGCAAUUUAGUCCCUCCCUGUUCUUUCACGUUAUUUAAUUUGUCUCUCUAUUGUUUUGAGUUUUUUUUUAUAACUUGGAUCGACUUCAAAACAUCCACCAAGACCCAACCCAUAAGCUAUUUGUCAUUGACAUGAAGUGCCACAGUAACAAGUGAUAGAACACCCUGGUGCCAUUAUCCAAUUUCAUUGUAAGCUUCUUAAGCUAGCAUAUUACCAUCAGGACAAGUCUCCAC